AUGAGCAAUCACCCUGCCUCUUAAAGACCUCCUCAACCAGUUUAAAAUGCCCCUCAUUAGCCAGUUGCAUAUUCACCACCAAGAACAUAUGCUCCACCAGUGCAAUUUGCUAGUCCAUCAUACUACCCUGUUUAAUAAUCAGUCGUUGCUCCUGUCUAAUACGUUCCUUAACCAGUAGCAGUCCAACCCCUUGUAUAACCAGUGGCAGUGCAACCAGUUGCUGUCCAACCAGCUUAAUAAGUGAUAAAGGGUGAAAGCAGAAUUGAAUAUAUCCCAUAUGAGAAAUCUGUUAUUGAAUAUGAAGAGGUGAGACAAAGAAUCUAAGUGCCAAGAGAGAAAUACGUCACUGAAUAUUAAGCUGUGGAAUAUUAGACAGAAUAUAUCCCCUAAGUAUUUUAUGAUAAGGUUACCGAAUAUGUUCCUGUGGACAGAUUUCAAGAUAGAGUAGAAUACUAUCCAGUUGAGAGAUAGGUGGUUCACUAAUAAUAAGUUGUUGCUCAACCCGUCGUUUAACCAGUUGUUUAAUCUGUUGUGCAAUAAGUUCCUUAAUACGUUGCACCUGUUCCAUAAUAUGUUGCUCCAGUCGCAUAACCAUAUGUUGCCUAAUCAUAUGUUUAACCAAGCUAUGUUCAACCAAGCUAUGUUCCAUCAAGAGUCGCCCCAGUUUACAAUCAUGCUCCAUAUUAAGGCAGACCUGUCAGUCAACCAAGAAGAUUUUCUCCACCAUCUAAGCCAGUAUAAAUUUAGAAAUAACCAUAAGAGAAAAAGAAGACAUUUUUAGAAAAUAUCUUUAGUUGAUAAGUUACAUAUAUAUAUAUUUAAAUAUAAAAUAUAUUAUUUUUAUUUUAA